AUGUCCUCCUACAAAGGCCAGCGAGGGCCCAACGUGUCCCAGUACAUCGCGAACCUCAACCAGCUGUCGCCACAGCAGGAUCUGCUCGCCGAUCCAGCACCCACUGAGGACUUCUCCGACUUCCUGAACGGAGAGUUCUUCGACGUGGACAACGCCCGCAACGCCAGCAACGCCAGCGUCGAUUUCGCUUCUGCCAGUGACUUUGGCCUGAAUUUUGACAGUGAGCAAACACAGCCGCUGAAGACCGACGGAGACUUUCCGCGCAACCCGGCUAUUACUGCCGAAGCGAACAUGGACUUCAGCUUGAAUGUAGGCGACUUCCCAUUCACCGACUUCAACAACUUUGGUACAACCCCAGCGUUUGACCCAUCCAUGCCACUGGCGCACACUCAGCCUACCCACUACCCGCUCGCACCCAACUACGCCUCACCUGCCUCCUCAUUGUCUCCCGUCGCACAAGGGUUCGACCAGUCCUCGAAGAAGCGCAAGCUCGACAAUGUCGCUCCCGUCAUGCCACAAUCGCUCGACGAGAACGCCCGCGUCGCCGCAGAAGAGGACAAGCGUCGCCGGAACACAGCUGCAAGCGCCCGCUUCCGCAUCAAGAAGAAGCAGCGCGAGCAAGCUCUCGAGCAGUCCCAGAAGGAGGCACAAGAGAAGGUUGCCAAGCUAGAGGCUACCAUCCAGCAACUGCAGACGGAGAACGCAUGGCUAAAGGGACUCAUCACCGAGAAGAACGGUGGCAAGAGCACCACAGACGAACUGAAGGCACUCAUCAGCAAGCGGGAGCAAGCCACUGGUGGGCGGAGUAGCGGUACGCACACGGAUGGCGUAGGCACCCAGGCUGGGAGCCAAAAGGCGGAUGCCUAA